GAUGAGACUUGUCUGCUGUCCGGCGCCCAGUCAACAACUAACAAAAUGGCUGCUGGCAUCUCCUAUCACAUUCACGCCUGUUUCAUCCUCUGCGCUACGCUGUGCAUUUGCCAGACGGACGCCAUCGAUUUGGAAGGCCAUCUGCAGCAGCUCAGAGACAACUAUGAAAUUUUAGCGGCCAUUUUGAAUCUACUGGAGACUCUGGAACGUAAAGUCGAACAGCAGGAAAGUGAACUUAGUGAAUUGAAGACUGAACAGCAUCGAAUCAGGACGGCCGAAUCGUUCCAGAGGCGAAUUCUUCCAGAUGUUGGAAUGGAACGGCAUCGUCAAUCGAUCGGAACGGGCGGUGCCAUUCUCAGAAGUUGCAGCCACAUUCGGGCGGCUCUUCCGUCACAAACUUCCGGCAUGCACUGGAUCGAUCCCGACGGCCAGGGUGUUGGCGACGACCCCAUCUACGUCUACUGUAACAUGACAACAGGUUCGACUGCUAUUUUGCACGACAGCGAAUCCCGGAUAUCCGUUUCGCAUUGCACUGAGCCCGGAUGCUACUCCAGGGUAAUUCAAUAUUCGGCCACUACUAAACAAAUGUCGGCAUUGGCCCAGUUAUCCGACGAAUGCCACCAAUCAAUCCGGUAUGAUUGCACCAGCGCUCCGUUUGAGAUCAACGGCAACAUUUAUUCGUGGUGGAACGAUCGGCACGGAAAGCCGCAAUAUUUCUGGUCCGGCAACCGGGCCAGCGUCCACACCUGCCAGUGCGGCAUCGAGUACAACUGCAUCGAAGCUCUUGCCGAUUGUAAUUGCGAUUCCAGUCUACCCACGCCACUGGCCGAUAUCGGAGUGAUUACCGAUAAAAACCUACUGCCAAUCACGAGGCUCAAUUUCGGCCGGACCGUGCUGGAAAAUUCGUCCGGCAUGCACACCCUGGGCCGGUUCGAAUGCACCGGACAGGUGGCCGUCCAGGGAAUGCCAUCCUCUUGCCAAGACCUUUGGCUCAUAGGUCACACGUUAAGCGGAUUGUAUUCGGUCAUGGGAGCUGCCAUCGUCGAAAAUGUUUACUGCAAUUUCACGAAAUUACCAAACGAUCCAGGUUUUCAGAAGUCACUGGGAUUUGGAUUCGCCGAUAUCAAAUCGUCGCCCACGUAUUUCUACGUGCAGAAGAACACGACCUUCUCGGCGACGGGCAUUCCGAUGCCGUUCGAAGUCAACAAGGUGAACGUCGGAGGGGCCAUGGAUUUGACUACGGGGAUAUUCACGUCGCCCAGACCGGGCAGGUGCUUCUUCUCGUUCACGGGAUUGGCUCAGUUCCCGUUCGCCUCUCCUUACAAGCUGCGGCUGGGCGUCGGCAUUUACCUCAACGGCUACCUGAACGGCCGGGGCUGGGUGGCCAACACGGCCAGAAAUCAGUGGAGCCAGUUCACGCUCCAGUCGACUUUGAAUUUGAACGCGGGAGACAGGGUGUGGCUGCAGAUCACGGACAUGUCGGACGGCGUUUACCUCUACGACAGCAACAGUCAUUACACUCACUUUACGGGGUGGCUUUUGGAGGAGGAAACGUUCGAUUCGCAUUAAUUAUUAUAAAUAACUGGAAAUUGUAUACCUGACUGAAAUAUACCGUGUUAUUUAUUCAAA